GUCCACCAGCGACCGCCGUGCCACAUCGCCAGCGAUAGCUCCAGGGUCUUGAGGUGCGGGCAACGGUCGACUUUGAAUAUAUUCACCCGCCAGCUUUUCGCGCAGCACCCGCUUCCCACCCCUGGAAAUCAUCCUUCUCUAGGCCCCCUAGCGGGCCGGAACCAUCUCACCAUGAGCUCUCUCAAGCAGUUCAUCCGCAACGUGCGCGCUGCAAAGACCAUCGCCGACGAGAGGGCCGUUAUCCAGAAAGAGAGCGCAUCGAUCCGGGCGAGCUUCAGGGAAGAGAGCGCCGACCACAGCGUCAGGCGCAACAAUGUGGCCAAGCUGCUAUACCUCUUCACUCUCGGCGAGCGGACCCAUUUCGGCCAGAUCGAGUGUCUGAAGUUGCUGGCCUCGCCCCGCUUCGCCGACAAGCGGUUAGGACAUCUGGCGACAAGCUUGCUGCUCGACGAGAACCAAGAGGUCCUGACUCUGGUUACCAAUUCCCUCCAAAUUGAUCUGAAACACUCGAAUCAGUAUGUCGUCGGCCUCGCGCUCUGCACGCUCGGCAACAUCGCGUCCGUCGAGAUGUCGAGAGACCUCUUCGGCGAGAUCGAGAACCUGAUAUCAACCGCAAACCCCUACAUCCGACGGAAAGCUGCGCUCUGCGCCAUGCGCAUAUGCAGAAAGGUGCCGGACCUGCAAGAGCACUUCAUCGAGAAAGCGUCGCAAUUACUCUCAGACCGGAACCACGGCGUGCUACUAUGCGGUAUCACCUUGGUCACGAGUCUCUGCGAGGCGGACGAGGCCGAGGGGGGCGAGGAGGGUAUCGUCGAGAAGUUUCGGCCGUUUGUGCCGGUGCUUGUGAGGACGCUAAAGGGCUUGGCUUCGUCGGGCUACGCUCCGGAACAUGAUGUGACCGGAAUCACGGACCCCUUCUUGCAGGUCAAGAUCUUGCGCCUGUUGCGCGUUCUAGCCCGCGGUGACGCCCAGGUUACGGAGCAGAUCAACGACAUCCUGGCGCAGGUUGCGACGAACACGGAUUCCUCCAAGAAUGUUGGCAACUCAAUCCUCUACGAAGCGGUACGGACCAUCCUGGACAUCGAGGCGGACUCGGGUCUGCGUGUCCUGGGCGUGAAUAUCCUCGGCAAAUUCUUGACCAACAAGGACAACAACAUCCGCUAUGUCGCCUUGAACACGCUAAACAAGGUGGUGGCCAUCGACACCAACGCUGUGCAGAGACACCGCAAUACCAUCCUGGAGUGUCUGCGGGAUCCGGAUAUCAGCAUCAGGAGGCGAGCCCUGGACCUCAGCUUUACGCUGAUCAACGAGAGCAACGUCCGGGUGCUGAUCCGCGAGCUGCUGGCUUUCCUCGAGGUUGCCGAUAACGAGUUCAAGCCGACCAUGACCAGCCAGAUCGGCAUUGCAGCUGAUCGGUAUGCGCCGAACAAGCGGUGGCACUUUGACACCAUGCUGCGGGUCGUUACGCUAGCGGGAAACUACGUCAAGGAGCCCAUCCUCUCGUCGUUCGUCCGCCUGAUCGCCACGACGCCCGAGUUACAGACGUAUGCGGUCCAAAAACUCUAUGCAAACCUCAAGAAGGACAUUACGCAGGAGAGCUUGACGCAGGCUGGCGCAUGGUGUAUCGGCGAGUACGGCGAUGCUCUUCUCCGGGGCGGCCAGUAUGAGGAGGAGGAACUUGUGCAGGAGGUCAAGGAGCACGAGGUCGUCGACCUGUUCUCGACUAUUCUUAACAGCAGCUACGCCACGCAGGUCACUACCGAGUACCUGAUCACGGCGCUGGUCAAGCUCACCACCAGGCUCUCGGACCCCGCGCAGAUCGAGCGGGUGCGCCGCAUCCUUCAAAACCACCAGACCAGUCUGGAUGUGGAGGUGCAGCAACGCGCUGUCGAGUUCGGUAAUUUGUUUGGCUAUGAUCAGAUCCGCCGCGGUGUUCUAGAGAAGAUGCCGCCGCCCCAAAUUAAAGAGGAGUCGCGAGUGCUGGGAGAGGCGGCCAAGAAGACAUCCAAGGCGGCGAACAGGAAAUCAAAAGCCAUCAAGCCGAAGGAGGAGGACCUUCUCUUCGAUCUCAUGGGUGACAGCAGCGCUCCUGCGCCGUCGCCGGUCAAUGGCAAGCAGAACACCGAUCUCCUUGCGGAUAUCCUCGGCGGCGCCAGCUCAUCGGCGCCCUCUCCUGCCUCACCACCACCUUCCAGCCAGUCCAACGUCGCCUCCAUCAUGGACCUGUUCUCUCAAGGGCCCGUGUCCACGCCAUCCCCUGCGCAAGCCGCUGCCGCACACCCAACUCCUGGCGCGGAUCUAUUCGCAACUACCGCCCCCCCGGCCCCGCAGGUGGCUGCUGCCGCCGCACCGGCGGGCUACCCCUGCUACGACAACAACGGCCUGAACGUGACCAUCCAGACACAAAGAAACGCCGAGGGCACCAUCCAGGCCAUUGCCCGGUUCCGUAAUACGUCGCCCGCCGGGGCGCUCUCAAAUGCCGGCCUGCAGGCGGCCGUGCCCAAGUCGCAGAAGCUGCAGCUGCUGAGCAUUUCCUCAACGGAUAUUGCACCGGGGGCCGAGGCGACGCAGAUGAUGAGGAUCGCGGGGUGCAAGGGGCCUCUGCGGCUGCGCUUGAGGAUAGGGUACUCGCAUCCUACGGCGGGACAGGUCGUGGAUGUGGUCAACUGGACGGAACCAUCUUGAGGGUGGAGGAGGUCCUCCUGGAGGGGGGUAGCCGAGGGGUUGAGUUUGGGUUUGCCAAGUUUACCCAAGUCCGGCCACGCAGCUUCAAGUGGUAAAGUGAUGGCGAUGCGCAGCCUCACUGCUCGGUUGCUGUGGGCCAUCAGUAGUAUACUGAACGAAGCAAGCUGCCAGUGGGCUGUGGAUCAGAUCCUUACGAGAGACAAAGAUAGAGUUUGUGUGAAAAUGAUGAUUCUUGAAUCCCUUGUGUACUCAUGCUCACCUGCCCUGUUUGACAAGGUACCCUUCGACAGGUGCUUUCAUUUGAUUUGGGCGGCCUUGUCAAGCCUGCUUC